AUCCCGCCAGAAGGGAUUAACCCUCGAUAGACUGAUAGAUAGUCGGUGCUCGGCCGGUUUUUCGGCAGAGAUCGCGGCUUCGCCUCGUGGUUUAUGCACGUCGAAGUUGGAAAGCCGUGGGCAACGCGUGUCCCGUAAGGUGGGACACGAAGGGAGGGAAUUAUCGUGGUGGGAAGAGUCAUGGAUGAUGAUCCAGUGCGGAUUCGGCAGGUCCCGGCUAAUGAGUCGCAGGAUCGUGCGUGAGGAAGAAAGGAAAGUCGGACGAAAUUUUGUAAAUUGGAUUAAUUAAUUCGAAUAUAUUGGAUUUGAUUGUUCUCUGAAUGGGGAUGGAUGUUUGGAGAGUGAAACGGGCCCGUUUGUCGAUCAGUCGAACGUCGAAGAUCGUUGAAGGAAAGGAGCAACGAGGAUGCGAAGGAAGAGAUGUGAAAGAAGAUUGUCGAAAAAGUCGAUGAAGAAAUGAAGUUUUCCACUUUCCACGUCUUUGUGCUUUAAAGGAAAUUUUAAAAUUUGGAGGAGAGAAUCGGUGAACGCCGAGGGAGGAAUAGAGCGAAAGGAGUGCAAAAUGCCCCAAGGAAGCAUCCAUUGGCAAGGGACGCAGAGAAGAGCCUGCGGUCCAGGAGCUCACUGGAAUGUUCAGGUGGUGAGAGGCAAGGUGACAACACGAUGCUUGUGGUACGCCUGCAAAGCUCUCGGAAUUGGUCUGCUACUAAUGCUUUUAGGAGCUUGCAUGGCGACCAUAGGAUACUUCGCAGAUCAGCUAUCCGUGGCUCAAGAGAUCAGAGGUAACUUAACGAUAAAAGUGAAGAAUGAAUCACGUGGAUUUCAUCUGAAUAACCUCAGUUAUGCUGGCCCAAUUGUAAUGGGCGUAGGAGGAUUUAUCGUGGUGGCAGCCUGUGUAAUGACCUUCGAGGCACGUGACAACGCUGCCAAAGUGGUUCCGGCCCGUUUCCGCUUUAAUCAAACGUCGACAAUAAAAAAUACGAGGAAUCAACGGAACCGUAGAUCCACGUCUAGUCAAACGACGAAAUGGGAUCAUCAAUUAGGCGUGUUCAAAGUGAACAGAAGCCCGAGCCCAAGCAUACACGAGGUUUCGAGGAAACAAUUGACCGCGGAGUUCAUGCAGUUUUCGAAAGAAUUGAACGAGAAACAGGCUGGCCACUCGAUUAAGAAAAGUCCCAGCGCGCCAACUUUGAUAGACAAAAAAUCACCACGCAAAAGAACGUCAAAGUACGCUGGAUGCGCUUUAUUAAAUCCGGAAUUAUUGCAGAGACAUGCCCUUUCCGUUGAUAAUCCGAGCUACAGCCCUCACCAGGUCAGCAGAGAAAGUUUGGAUCAGCAAAAGAUGGGAGGCAGCCAGGUUUCAAUGGCGAUGGAUUUGCACAUUCCUAAUAAAGGUCCAGUUACGUUGAAAGUUAAAGAUAGAUCGGACACAGCGAGACGUCAUCAACUGCUUCGACAAACGAAAGUUGAUUACGUCGAAGAAGUUGAUGAAGCUGUUAAAUCACCGACUGGUCGCGGUUACUCGCCUAAAUUAUCAGGUGCCUAUAGCAAAUAUCCAGACGAUUUUGUACCGAGGAAAAGAAACUCGAUAGAUAUAAAAUUAUUAGAAGAAUUGACAGCGUCGAAAGAUCUUACAAAAAUAUCGCCUAGAGAUUUUCGUAAAAUCUCUUCGCCGAGCUUCCAUAAAAUGUCAUUCGACAAAAGUGGAAGUGAUCGUAGGAUCGAGAGAAGCAUGGGACAACGUAAAGCCAGCCUUGAAUUCAGGAAAAGUCCCGACUUUCGGAGGGGAGAUUAUAGGAAAUUGUCAGUGGACAGAUUCAGUAUCGAUUGCGCUAAAUACCUAUCCGACGAUGUGGAAAUGAGAUCAAGGGCGAGCAGCGGUGACAAUCUGAGAAGACAACGGCAACCGAAACUGCAUCAUUCCAGAUCGGAUGACAAUAAGAGGGCGUCGUUCGAAAGACACCAGAAAGACGCUCAAUCGAGCCGAUACUCUUUGAACACGCAAGCGGUCAUCGAGAGUGGGGGAUCAGAGGCCGAAUUCAAGUAUUUCACGGCAACGUCACUUGACACGGAAGAAAGUCGCGCUGACAAUUCAGACGACAGCCGCGCGAUCGAUAUAGACGAACAGAUAGCAGCGAAUGUGCCGUCCGACGGGCCGACAGAAGCUGAUGCCUUACUCGAGGAACCUGAAUUAGAGAACGUGCCCGAAACCGACGUUGAGAGCUCGAGAUACGAGAUGGAUGAGACCGAAACGUACGAUGAAGCUGCUUUAAGAACGAAAAAUUUGAUAUCUAACGAUCAGAUGUCGAAGAGACAGGGGAAAAAUAAUUUUCGUAACAUGGAUGAAAGAUUGGAUGAUUUUGUGAAAAGCAAAGAAACCAUAUUGUACAUAAAAGAGCACGAAAUUUAGAAGGAACACUAUCGGAUCAUCAUCUGAUCGUAUAUGGGAUGUGAUUAUAAUAAUAAAACGUGUAUUGCGACUCCCUCGUAUGAUUCGAGGGAAGAUUUUUGAAAAAUGUUUGAAUUUUCCACGUUAGGUACACGUUUAAUAGGAUAUUGAAAAAUUGAUAAAUUUAUUGUAUCCAAGUUGAUACAGCCGCUUGUUGUUUGAUAACGUAUAUUUGUUAAA